AUGGCUGGAAAGAAAUCUAAGAAGUCUCCUGUUAACUUGAAGAAAACCUCAGGAUCUUCGGAAACGAGCUCGGGUAAAGUUGGAUCGCGCGAAAACGUUCAGCAAAAAAAAGUGAUAGAAAAGGAUUCCAAGUGGUAUAAUUUCAUCGUAAGGACAAUAUGGACAUUCAUCAUGAUUAGUGGAUUUUUCAUCACUCUAGCUUCGGGUCACUUUUAUUGUGUCCUUCUCAUUCUAGCAUGUCAGAUUGCUACCUUCAGGGAAUGCAUUGGUGUCACUUCACAGUCUGGUCGUGAGAAAAAGCUACCGCUAACACGGACAUUGAAUUGGUAUUUCCUAUUCACUACUAUUUAUUAUCUUGAUGGACAAUCCCUUUUCAAGUUUUUUCAGUAUUAUUUCAUCAACUACAAGAUACUGAAUCUCAUCUCAUCAAAUCACUUCUUCAUUUGCUAUUGUCUGUAUGUUUUGGGAUUUGUCAUUUUUGUCUGCAGUCUAAGAAAGGGAUUCUUAAAAUUUCAGUUUGCUUCCUUAUGCAUUACGCAUAUGGUGUUAUUGCUUGUAGUGUUUCAAGCCCAUUUGAUUAUCAACAACGUUUUGAAUGGGUUGAUAUGGUUCCUGUUACCCUGUGGUCUAGUGAUCGUUAAUGAUAUUUUUGCUUACUUAUGUGGGAUUACGUUUGGACGCACUAAGUUGAUAGAGAUCUCCCCAAAAAAGACUUUGGAGGGGUUUCUCGGAGCUUGGUUCUUCACUGCUAUUGCUAGUAUUAUCCUAACCAGGUUACUAACGCCAUUUACCUACAUGACCUGUCCAGUAAAAGAUAUUAAUACAAAUUUCUUUACACCAUUGACAUGUGAUUUGAAUCCAGUAUUUGUUUCUCAAGAUUACAGAUUGCCACCAAUCAUUUUCGAGAAAAUUGGCGUUAGUGUAAUUACUAUCAAACCAAUCUAUUUGCAUGCCUUAAACCUUGCAACUUUCGCAUCCCUUUUUGCUCCAUUUGGUGGAUUUUUUGCUUCUGGCUUGAAAAGAACAUUCAAGGUCAAGGAUUUCGGCCAUUCGAUUCCUGGUCACGGAGGGAUCACCGAUAGGGUCGAUUGCCAGUUCUUGAUGGGUUCCUUUAUGAACCUUUAUUAUGAGACCUUUAUCAGCGAAAAGAGAGUUACAGUAGAAACGGUGUUGUCAACUAUUCUCAUGAAUUUAGACGAACGCCAAGUUAUUGAAUUAAUCAAGACAUUGAAUGAGGUGUUAUACAGCAAUAGAAUCAUCUCAGACAAAGUCUACAAGAAACUUGUUGACCUCUAUAACAUAUAG